CAAUCAAGGCUUUCCCCGUGCAAAGUGUCAACAUCCCAUGUCAAAGGAGACAAAAAUCCGCUCGUCAUAUAAACCAUAUUUCAGGGCUAGGAAGCAGCAGGUUAAUUAAGAGACCGAAAAUGAUGUGCCCUUGGCAGUUCCUAUUCAAGCCCCAAACCGGUAGGAACGAGUCCCACAAAGAGAAGGAUAUAAACAAUAAUGUGGAAAAAGCAGCCAUGGAAGUUCACAGCUUCGUGAAAAACAAAGCCACCAUGCUAAAUGAUCUGAACAAGAUACAGAAUGAGAUGCUGCAUGCCAUAACUGCAGAAGAGAAACCUCCGCAAAACAAGGUCCAACCCAUGAGCCAAAUAUCAGGAUGCCCGAGGCAUUUAAAAAUCAAAAACUGGGAAAAUGGGACCAGCUUCCAUGACACAUUGCACCAGUCGGCAAAGGAGGUUCUCAACUGCAGGACCAAGGCCUGCCAAAGCGCCCUCAUGAACCCCAAAGGCUUGGUGAGAGGCCCCAGAGACACACCAGUCCCGCCGGAAGAGAUUUUACCUCAGGCAAUUGAAUUCAUCAACCAAUACUACAAUUCACUGAAAGAGCCGCAGCCAGAAGAACACCAGGGGAGAAUGCAGUCGGUAACCGAAGAGAUAGAAACAACCGGCACCUACCAGCUGACGAAAGAUGAACUCAUCUUUGCAACCAAACAGGCCUGGAGAAAUGCUCCGAGAUGCAUCGGGAGAAUACAAUGGUCCAACCUACAGGUGUUUGAUGCACGGGACUGUACGACCGCCAAGGAAAUGUUUGAACAUAUCUGUCGUCAUCUUGAAUACUCCUCCAACAAUGGAAACAUCAGAUCGGCCAUCACUGUCUUUCCACAGAGGACUGAUGGGAAACAUGAUUUCCGUGUAUGGAACAGCCAGCUCAUCCGAUAUGCUGGGUACCAAAUGCCAGAUGGCUCCAUCUUGGGAGAUCCAGCUAGUAUGGAGCUGACACAGUUAUGCAUUGAUCUUGGGUGGAAGCCCAAGUAUGGCCGCUUUGAUGUACUUCCACUGAUCCUCCAAGCAAACGGCCAAGACCCGGAAAUAUUUGAUCUGCCGCCAGAACUUGUCCUUGAAGUGUCAAUGGAACAUCCAAAGUAUGACUGGUUUAAGGAACUCAACUUGAAGUGGUACACCCUGCCUGCUGUUGCCAAUAUGCUCCUAGAAGUGGGGGGCCUGGAGUUUACAGCUUGCCCAUUUAAUGGCUGGUACAUGGGGACGGAGAUAGGUGUGCGAGACUUCUGUGACGUGCAACGCUACAAUAUCCUGAAGGAAGUAGGGAGAAGGAUGGGUCUGGAAACCAACAAACUUUCCUCAUUAUGGAAAGAUCAAGCAGUGAUAGAGAUUAAUAUUGCUGUGCUUCAUAGUUUCCAAAAACAAAACGUCACCAUCAUGGAUCACCACUCCGCGGCCGAGUCCUUCAUGAAAUACAUGCAGAACGAGUACCGCCUUCGAGGAGGGUGCCCAGCUGACUGGGUCUGGCUGGUGCCCCCGAUAUCAGGCAGCAUUACUCCAGUGUUUCACCAGGAGAUGCUGAACUACGUCCUCACACCAUUCUACUAUUACCAGGUGGAUGCUUGGAAAACACACGUCUGGCAUGAUGAGAAACGCAGGCCUAAGAAGAGGGAGAUCAAAUUUAGCGUUUUGGCAAAGGCCGUAUUCUUUGCCUCUGCAUUGAUGCAGAAAAAAAUGGCAGCCCGGACCAAGGUGACGGUGAUCUAUGCAACGGAGACUGGGAAAUCUGAAACACUGGCCAAUAACUUGUGUGCCUUGUUCAACUGCGCCUUCAGCACCCAGGUCCUCUGCAUGGACGAAUACAAGCUCAGCGACCUGGAGAAAGAAGCCCUCCUUCUAGUGGUGACCAGCACUUUUGGAAACGGCGACUCACCAGGCAAUGGCAAGAAAUUGAAGAAUGCCCUGCUCAUUAAGAAACAGCUGCAGAAAACAUUCAGAUAUGCUGUCUUCGGCCUGGGGUCCACCAUGUACCCGGAGUUCUGUGCCUUCGCUCAUGCCAUCGACCAAAAACUCGCACAAUUAGGCGCCUCUCAGCUUACCCCUACAGGUGAAGGGGAUGAACUCAAUGGGCAGGAAGAAGCUUUUCGCAGCUGGGCAGUUAAUGCAUUCAAGGCUGCCUGUGAGGUUUUUGACAUACGUGGAAAAAACAGUAUUCAGCUACCCAAGGUGUACACUGCAAAUGAAACCUGGAAUCCCAAGAAUUACAGGAUAGCACAUGACUCCCAGCCUUUGGACUUAACUAAAGCACUAGCAGACACACAUGCAAAAGAUGUGAUUCCCAUGAAGCUCAAAUUCAGGCAGAAUCUGCAAAGUACAAAAUCCAGCCGCGUUACCCUGCAGCUUAAGCUUUCCUGUGAGACUAAUCAGGAAGUUCGCUAUUUGCCGGGAGAACAUGUUGGGAUUUUCCCAGGCAACCGGCCAGAAUUAGUCAGUGGCAUCAUUGAGCGUGUUACGGAUGCACCACCGACCGAUCAAAUCAUCAGGCUGGAAACCUAUAACGAUGGUGGCUACUGGACAAGUGACAAGAAAAUCCCACCCUCCACACUUUCCCAAGCCCUGACGUACUUCCUUGAUGUUGCUACUCCACCCUCCCAACAGCUGCUAAAAAAACUCUCUCAGCUGGCAACAGAGGAAGGAGACAAAAACAGACUGGAUGUCUUGUGCCAUAGCUCAGAGGAGUACAACAAGUGGAAGUUUUUCAACAGCCCCACUAUUCUGGAGGUACUGAAAGAAUUUCCUUCCACCCAAGUCUCCACGUCUUUUUUGCUGACUCAGCUGCCUUUGCUGAAACCCCGGUACUAUUCCAUUAGUUCCUCCCAGGACAUGACACCCAGAGAGAUCCAUCUGACUGUUGCAGUGGUCAGCUACCGGACAAAGGAUGGUCAAGGUCCUUUGCACCAUGGCGUUUGCAGCACUUGGCUGAAUACAAUAGAUCUCCAGGAGACCGUCCCAUGCUUUGUGCGCAGCGCGAGCGGAUUCCAGCUUCCCAAAGACCCCUCCACACCCUGCAUUCUGAUUGGCCCGGGGACAGGAAUUGCUCCAUUCAGAAGCUUCUGGCAGCAGCGUCUCUAUGACUUAGAAAAGAAAGGAAUUAAAGGCAGUGGCAUGACAUUGCUGUUUGGCUGCCGGCGGCCAGACAUGGACCAUCUCUACAGAGAAGAAACUCAAGACAUGAAAAGAAAAGGCGUGUUGAAAGAGGCCUACACAGCAUACUCCCAGCAACCCGGCCAGGCUAAAGUCUAUGUUCAAGACAUUCUUCAAAGCAAGUUGGAGGAAGAAGUGCACCAAGUCUUGCAUGAAGAGGAAGGGCAUUUGUACAUCUGUGGGGACGUGCGCAUGGCCCGGGACGUCGCCCAGACCUUGAAGGAGAUGUUCGCGAAGAAACUGAAAUUGACAGAGGAACAGGCUGAAGACUACAUGUUCCAGCUGAAGAGCCAAAAGCGAUACCACGAGGACAUAUUUGGGGCUAUGGUUCCACAUGCCAGCAAGAGAGAUGCAAGAGCUUUGAAACCCAAUAGUCCAAGAACCACUCAACAGUGACUGUUUUAACCAGCAUUUGACCAUUUGUGAUCAUUUUCAAAUGGCAAGGGGCCAAAUUAUUCUUCUGAAGCAUGUCACGGCAUGCACAUACAUCUUAUAGCAGAGUUUACUCUGAGCCCUGGUCUGCAAUAGGACUUUAUUUCAAAAUAACCCCCCU